AGUGCUGUCAUGAUGCAGGGAGCUGUUUCCGCCCCCUCAGCACAGUCCCAGCUGCUGCCAGCACCGAAGCGGGAAUGUGUGUGGGGGCUCCAGGCGUGUCCGGGCACAUGGGGCAGCCAGAUACUAUGGGCCCGGGGAGAGGUCGGCCGGCUCGCAGCUUCAGGGUGGAAUAGAGGAGAUCCUUCAGUCGGCUCCAAGGACCCAGCAAAGAUCUGAUCUCUAAGGCAAGCUGCUGCCCCCCCCCAGUUGGUCCUGGGGAGCACCAUGAGGUACCUCACUGCCCUGCCUCUCUUUUGGAUAAUGAUUGCAGCCUCAAGGGGCGGUCAGUGGGGGGCCUGGAUGCCCUCCACCAUCUCAGCCUUCGAGAGGACCUGCGUCUCCAUCCCGUGCCGAUUCGAUUUUCCCGACGAGCUGCGACCUGCUGUGAUCCACGGCGUUUGGUACUUCAACAGCCCCUAUCCCAAGAACUACCCACCAGUGGUCUUCAAAUCCCGGACCCACGUUGUCCACGAGAGCUUCCAGGGUCGAAGUCGGCUCCUGGGAGACCUGGGUCUCCGAAACUGCACCCUGCAACUCACACACCUCAGCCCAGAGCUAGGGGGCAAGUACUACUUCCGAGCGGACCUGGGAGGUUACAAUCAGUAUACCUUCUCUGAGCACAGCACACUGGACAUCAUCAAUUCUCCCAGUAUUGUGGUGCCCCCUGAGGUGGUGGCAGGUACAGAAGUGGAGAUCAGCUGCAUGGUGCCCGAUAACUGCCCCGAGUUGCACCCAACGCUGAGCUGGUUGGGCCAUGACGGCCUGGGGGCUCCGGCCGUGCUGGGCAGAAUGCGGGAAGAUGGCGGUACUUGGGUGCAGGCAUCCCUGCUGCACUUUGUGCCCACUCGAGAGGCCAACGGGCACAGACUCGGCUGCCAGGUCACCUUCCCCAACACCACCUUCCAAUAUGAGGGUUACGCCAGCUUGGACAUCAAAUACCCCCCUUUAAUCGUGGAGAUGAAUACCUCCGUGGAGGCCAUUGAGGGGUCACAGGUGAGCUUGCUCUGUGGGGCUGACAGUAACCCAACCGCUCUGCUGACCUGGAUGAGGGAUGGGGCUGUACUCAGGGAGGCCGUGGCCAGGAGCUUGACCCUGGAGCUGGAGGACCUGACCCCCCAGGAGGAUGGCAUCUACGCCUGCUUGGCUGAGAAUGCCUACGGGCAGGACAACCACACAGUGGGCCUCAGCGUCAUGUACGCUCCCUGGAAACCUUCCGUGAACGGGACCGUGGUGGCCGUGGAGGGCGAAGCCGUGUCCAUCCUCUGCUCCACGCAGAGCAACCCAGACCCCAUUCUCACCAUCUUCAAGGAGAAGCAGAUUCUGGCCACGGUCAUUUAUGAGAGUCAGCUGCUGCUGGAGCUGCCCGCUGUCACUGCCGAGGAUGAUGGGGAAUACUGGUGUGUGGCUGAAAACCAGUACGGGCAGAGAGCCAGCGCCUUCAACAUCUCCGUGGAGUUUGCCCCCGUGAUCCUUCUGGACUCCCACUGCGCGGCCGUGAGGGACAUGGUGCAGUGCGUCUGUGCCGUCAAGUCGAACCCGGAGCCGGCGGUGGCCUUCGAGCUGCCCUCUCGCAACGUGACGGUGAACGAGACGGAGCGGGAGUUCGUGUACUCGGAGCGCACGGGGCUCGUGCUCACCAGCAUCCUCACCCUCCGCGGGCAGGUGCAAGCCCCGCCCCGCGUCGUCUGCUCGGCUCGCAAUCUCUACGGCACCAAGACCCUGGAGCUGCCCUUCCAGGGAGCCAACCGACUGAUGUGGGCCAAAAUCGGGCCCGUGGGAGCCGUGGUCGCCUUUGCCAUCCUCAUCGCUAUCGUAUGCUACAUCACCCAGACCCGCAGGAAGAAGAACAUGGCUGAGAGCCCCAGCUUUGCAGGUGGGGAGAAUCCCCCAGUUCUGUUCAGCAGCGACUUCCGCAUUCCAGGGGUGCCAGAGAAAUCUGAGAGUGAGAGGCGCCUGGGCGCAGAGAGGAGGUUGCUGGGCCUUCGAGCAGAACCCCCUGAGCUGGACCUGAGCUACUCCCACGUGGACCUGGGGAAGCGCCCCACCAAGGAUAGCUACACCCUGACAGAGGAACUGGCUGAGUAUGCAGAGAUCAGGGUCAAGUGAGGGCUGAGGGGCUGCCUGCCUCUUAUCCUUGACCUCAGGACUCCCUACCCCAGACUCUCCCCUGCCACAGCCACGAGUGGUUACUAGGGCUGGCCUCUGGCUCCUCUUCCUCUUAGGGCAAAGGGAGGGGGAAGAGAAGGGAAGGGAGCAGAAUGAGGAAGGGGACCUAGUGGUCUCACCUCCCCCUCCCAACCCCACCUCCUUUCAUUUCCUGGCUCUGCCCUCUCCCUCCCCACAUCAUGACUCCCCUCUAACCUCCUCCAUCCACCUUGUUCAUCAGUCGAGAGGGGAGUUCCUGUCUCUGUUAUUUAUUGCAACCCCAUCCCCCUUCUUCCUUUCUCCUAUGUGGCCCCAGGGUCUGUACAGAGGGAACACUAAAUAAAUGUCCUUGAGGCCA